GCCCCCGCCAAGCCCGGCUGUGCACCCUUCCGGCUGUGCACCCUUUCAGCUGCGCACACAGUAUCCUGCAGGGUUGGCGUCUCCCCGGACACAGGGCGACAUGGUGCGUGGCAGGAUCUCCCGACUCUCGGUCCACGACUUGCGCUUCCCCACGUCGCUCGAGGGCCACGGCUCAGACGCUAUGCACACAGACCCUGAUUACUCGGCUGCCUACGUUGUCUUGGAGACGGAUGCAGAAGAUGGACUCAAGGGCUGUGGACUCACCUUCACUCUGGGAAAAGGCACUGAAGUUGUUGUCUGUGCUGUGAAUGCCUUGGCCCCCCACCUGCUUAACAAGGACCUCGGGGAUAUUGUUGGUGACUUCAGAGGCUUCUACAGGCAGCUCACUAGCGAUGGGCAGCUCAGAUGGAUCGGUCCUGAGAAGGGUGCAGUGCACUUGGCCACGGCGGCCGUGCUCAAUGCCGUGUGGGACCUGUGGGCCAAGCAGGAGGGAAAGCCUCUGUGGAAGUUGCUUGUUGACAUGGACCCCAGGAUGCUGUUAUCCUGCAUAGAUUUUAGGUACAUCACCGAUGUCCUGACGGAGGAGGAAGCCUACGAAAUACUGCAGAAAGGUCAAGUUGGUAAAAAAGAGCGAGAGGAGCAGAUGCAGACACAGGGCUACCCCGCCUACACCACUUCGUGUGCCUGGCUGGGGUACACAGACACCAGGCUGACGCAGCUCUGCAGUGAGGCACUGAAGGACGGCUGGACCAGGUUUAAGGUAAAAGUUGGUGCUGAUCUCCAGGAUGACAUCCGUAGAUGCCGACUCAUCAGAAAUGUGAUCGGACCUGAGAAGACCCUGUGGCUGGAGCCAGAGUUCCUUUGGUGGCUGCUCUCGGGCUCCCUUUGUCAUGACUGUAUGCUGGGCCUCUGCAGUCGGUGGCCUCUCUGCCCUGGGGACCUCAGGCCUGCAGCAAGACCAGUGCUGGGCAGACCUCUCCGCAAAGGUCUCUCCUCGCAGAUGAUGGAUGCCAACCAGCGCUGGGACGUGCCUGAGGCCGUGGAGUGGAUGGCAAAGCUGGCAGAGUUCAAGCCGUUGUGGAUUGAAGAACCCACUUGCCCUGACGACAUCCUAGGACAUGCUGCCAUCUCCAAGGCACUGGCCCCACUGGGAAUUGGCGUAGCCACGGGAGAACAGUGCCACAACAGAGUGAUAUUUAAGCAACUCCUACAGGCGAAAGCCCUGCAGUUUCUUCAGAUCGACAGCUGCAGGCUGGGGAGUGUCAACGAGAACCUCUCCGUGUUGCUGAUGGCCAAAAAGUUUGGAGUUCCUGUGUGCCCACAUGCUGGUGGAGUUGGCCUCUGUGAACUGGUGCAACACCUGAUCAUAUUUGACUUCAUAUCAGUCUCUGCAAGCCUCAAAGACAGGAUGUGUGAGUAUGUUGACCACCUGCACGAGCACUUCAAGUACCCUGUGGUGAUCAGGAAGGCUUGCUACAUGCCUCCUAAGGAUGCUGGUUAUUCAACAGAAAUGAAGGAGGAAUCUGUACGGCAACACCAGUACCCAGAUGGAGAAGUCUGGAAGGAGCUCCUGGCUGCUCAAGGGAAUUAAGCAUUUUCCUUUAAAAUUUAAAAUUUUAAAAUUUAAAACUUUAAAUUUAAAAAUUUUAAAGCGUUUUGCUUUACGUGAAAAGGCUUAAAAUUUCUUGGGUAUGGUUUUACAAAAAUAGGGAGAAAAAAAAUCAUCCCACCAAUCAAAACAAGUUCGGCUGAAAAUCAUACCAACCUCAGGCAUCAGCUUAGUUGUCAUUUCUUUAUUCUUUUAACAAAUCAACACAUAUUCUCCUACAUAAUCCUCAAGCAAAAAUAGAUCCAACUCAAAGUCCAGGCAGACACUAUCCUAAAAUUUCUAUCAAGUGCUGGUACCUAGACAUUAAACUGUACUUUGAAAAUAA